UGUAACUCUAACUGACGCAAGUGCCCGGAUGUUGCGACAAGGUCAAUUACGAUUGCGUCUCCGUAUGCAACUCGCAUGAGCAAGCGCAUUAGAAGUCUUCCAUUCAAUUAAAUUAGGAAAAACACACAUAAACAUAUUUGAGCCGUCUUACAAGUACAUAAAAUAACAGUUGCUGCAGAUGAUCGCAGAAUAAAAGACAUGCAAUACGAUCAGAAACAAAUAUCUAUCGAGCUUAACUUGAAGAGGAGAACAAAUUAUGGAAUCAAUGGUUCACAAAACAUCAGUAAAUUUAUUUUUUCGGGCCAGAGUAUGAAUGAUAGGGAGGAAAAUCAGACAGACGCCUUGGCCUACGUUAACAAGGUAAAAUGCAUGUGCUACAAGGUGACAACAUUUAGUUUCUUGUCACCACCCAGGUUGCCUGAGAUUCCCCUGCUUCUGUCGCAAUAUCUGCCGGUCAAUGAGCUCAAGGGAUUCUCCAAAGAGGCGUUUCUGGUGUUGGAAGAAUGCUUGCUCUCAAACUUGUUCAGCUACAAUUCCUUUGAAGACAUAAAGGUCAUCCGAAAUUUAGCUAAGAUUAUCCUCACACUUCAGGAAUAUAGGAGCAUCAAAGACUAUGCAGUGAACGCCAGUGGGAUAACAAAGGAGUAUCAAGAAUGGUUUGAUCAACUACCAGGGGCUAACAAGAAAGCUGUUGAGCAAUUUAAAGUGUUUGACCAGAUGUUAACUAUGAAGUAUAAAGAGAAUCUUCAAUUGAUAAAAUCGCAAUCAGGUUUGUUUAAUACUUAUCAUUUGUUAUACACGUCCGUAUUUUAAGACAACCCUCACUAUUGAUGCUUAUCAUAGAUUUAAAGCAAACAUUUGCGUGCCCACAAAACAAUAAUUAGCACAUUUGACAUGAAUUGCUAUUUAAAUAAAAGUCGCAAUUAAUAUUUUUAAACGUUAAUGAGAUAAGCGACAUAAGCGAUAUAU